AUGAAACGAUCAAAGCAUCACCGCCCCCGACCAGAUGAGCGGUCCGCCUCAUUUCCAAUACUACUCGCGAAGCAGGUAGAGCCACUGCCUGUAGUUACGCCUGUAAAAGACAAAGAAUUCUGGAAGGCGCUACUAGCUCCCUCCUCGAGAAAUAGCACGGAGAUUUCAUGGACGGAUUUUUGCCGCGCUAUGCAGAGGGUUGGCUACGUACAAAUACGCCAGGGAGGCUCAGGUCGACGAUUUGAGUUUAAGAACGGCGCGACCGGUUGUGCGACCGGCGGAGUCCCCGGUGCCAUCGUGUUUCACGAACCUCAUGCCAACGGGGGCAAGGUCUCGCAUCGCAAUGCGCAACGCAACAUUGGUGGCUCAGAAGGCUUAAAUAUCGGUUCGAAAUAG